AGGAAUCUGAAAACGCCGGCUUUGCGUUUUAGUUUGGACGGAAAGCAUUUUGAAAAGAAAGCUUUUUGAAAACGACGAAUAUGAUUUCCCUUCCCGAGUUUUCCCCAACCACAAAUCCAAAACUACCAAGUAUUGUCGCGUUUUUAAAUUCCUCUGGCGUUCUGAAGACGGUGCCUUAUUUUCGUCAAUUUCCUUCCACUUUGUUGGAAAUUUUUGACGCACGCGCGCGUACAAGUUUGGUUUCGUUGUCUGACGUCACCCUGCCCCUCGGCAGGUAGUUUAAAAUUUCAACAAUAACCCAACAUAACGAAUAGGAUUUUAUUUUUCGCCGAGCUAGAUAUGGAAAUUAGUUCACGUUUUACCAUAGAUAACACACGGCGACAACUGAAUUAUCAACCGGAUGUUUGUUGCAGCGUUUAGAGUCAGGCAUGUUUAUACUGGCAGGGAUAUUGGACUGAUAAGAUGAAUCCAGACUACGACUAUUUAUUUAAACUGCUUUUGAUCGGCGAUUCCGGCGUUGGAAAAUCGUGUCUAUUGAUUCGUUUCGCAGACGACACGUUCACUGAGAGUUUUAUAAGCACGAUAGGCGUCGAUUUUAAAAUACGGACUUUGAAUGUUGGUGGCAAGGUGGUGAAGCUCCAAAUUUGGGAUACAGCGGGUCAGGAGCGUUUCCGAACACUCACAACGGCGUACUACCGGAGUGCACAUGGGAUAAUCAUGGUAUACGAUGUAAAUGAAAUGGAGACAUAUUUGCACAUUGAUCAGUGGCUGGAAGAAGUGGAGCGUUACGCUUGCGAAGGUGUAAACAAGCUACUUGUUGGAAAUAAAUGCGAUCUGCUUGGCAAGCGACAAGUUGAGUACGAAGUGGCGAAAAGUUUCGCGGAGAAGCUUCAAAUUUCGUUUAUUGAAACGAGCGCGAAAGAUCGAACAAAUGUGGACAACGUGUUUUACGCAAUGGCAGAAGAGUUGAGAGAAAAACUCGGUUCACCACUGACAUCUCCCGAUGGAUCAGGAGAAACAUUAAGCUUGAAAGACAGUUCCCCUGUAAAAACAAGUAGCUGGCCGAAAUGUUGCAGUUUUUCGUAAUUUCGCGGCAGAAAAUCACAACGGCACGCGAUCCGCCAUCUUUGAUUGUGGUUCUCAUUAUAAGUAAGACAGUUACUCCAGACCUUAAAACAUUAACUUUUAUUUACUUCAAAAUGAAACAGAUGUAAACUUAGGCCAGCUGCACGCGAAGCUGGCAACAUUUUUCCCUCACGCAUAUCAAGUGCUACGAUUUUUUCAUAAUUCUUAUGGGAAUAUUAAUAAAAGAAAUUAUAUUGGCCGGGUA